AUGAGCACCUGCAACGGCACUGAGGAACCCGCUGCGGCAGUGGCGGCAAUGCUACGACGACUACAAGAACGUGUGGCUCAGCUUGAAGCUGAGAAUGAGAGACUCUUAAGUGUCCAGAGAGCUGCCACUGGGCUGGCUACAGGUUCCCAGCCAGUACAAAGGGAGCAGGCCCUGUGUUUGCCUCGGAAGAGGCGGCGCUCUAUGUUUUCGGACUCCUCCACUGGCGGAGAGUGUCUGGACGAAGUGGACAGCUGCACACGGUUGAGUAAUGGUGAUAAUGCAGGCUGGGUGCCCUUCAAGGAAGAAGCAGAAGGAGAUGUGAAGGAGGAGGAGGAGGAGGGCUGGACCACUGCUGGGUCAACAACCUCUACCAAGAAGGCUGCUGGGUCUUCAACCUCUCCGAAGAAAGCUUCUGGAUUCCACGUCUCCGAGUCAGGAAAGCACAGUGAUAGUGAUGUUGAUGAUGAUGUAGGUGAUGCAGACUGGAUGCCCUCCAAGGAGGAAGCAGAAAGAGAUGAUGAUGAUGAUGAUGAGGAGGAGGAGGAAUGGACCCCUGCUCGGACUUCAUUGACUCCAAGGAAAACUGCUGGGUCUUCUACCUCUCCCAAGAAGGCUGCUCGGUCCUCAAGCUCUCCCAAGAAAACUGCCUGGUCUUCUACCUCUCCCAAGAAAACUGCCUGGUCUUCUACCUCUCCCAAGAAAACUGCCUGGUCUUCAACCUCUCCCAAGAAAGCUGCUCGGUCUUCUACCUCUCCGAGGAAAGCAGGUUGGUCUUCACCCUCUCCGAGGAAAGGUACUAGACAACGACGGGGCAGCGCAGCAUCCGCAAGCCAAGGCUCAACAGGUGGUGAAGAGGAGGGUCGGCCCUGGUUGGACGAUAGCACAGAGGAUCACCUGCCGCCUCAGCCCGAAUUUCAGCCUCUACGGACGCCUGGCCCACAAAUUACGCAAGGAGCGGAAUACACAGCGCUGCAACUUUUCAGGCUGUUCUUUACUGACGCCAUGCUGGACACUUUGGUACGAAACACUAACAAAUUCGGAGCAAAGCAUCACAAAAAGAAAUGGACUGACAUCACACUUCCAGACCUCUUUUCAUACAUGUCCAUGCUCAUAUACAUGGGAUUAUCACAGCUGCCCGCCAUUACAGACUACUGGAAACAAGCCAAACCAUACAACCUGUCCUUUCCCAGGUCCGUGAUAUCCGGCAUCAAGUUCCAGCUCAUCACCACGGCGAUACACAUGAGCAACCCCGACGACGAUGCUGCAAACGACGCGCGAAUAGGAACGGCCGAAUAUGAUCGCCUGCAGAAGGUGAAGCCCAUGUACACAGAGCUGCAGGAGGCUUGCAGGAACAACUUCCAUCCCUACCAGCACCUCAGUGUGGAUGAGAGGAUGGUGGCCACCAAGGCCCGCAUCGGAUUUAAACAGCAUCAGAAAGACAAACCGACCAAAUGGGGCUACAAGCUGUUUGUCCUCGCCGACUCCAGAUUUGGCUACACGUGGAAUUUCUUCAUUUACGAGGGGAAAUCAUCCGAAGCGUCUCAAGCGCUGGUGGCUGGAAAAGGCCUCAGUUAUGACUCUGUGAUGCAGCUGCUGCCCACGGAGGCUCUCGGCGCAGGAUACAAACUGUAUGUGGACAAUUUUUACACAAGCCCAGAGCUCUUCAAGGACCUCCUGGAGAAAAUGGUCUGGGCCUGCGGAACCAUCAGGCCAAACAGGAAGGGCUUCCCCACAGACAGGCCCGGUGCGCUUGACAAGAAAUCUCCACGAGGCACCAUCAGGUGGAUCAGGGAAGACCCCCUGUUGUUUGUGCAGUGGAAGGACUCGCGCGAUGUGCACAUGUGCUCCACCAUGCACCAGGCCCAUGCAGGGGAGACCAUUCAAAGGAGCCUCAAGGGUGCUGAUGGGAAGUAUUCGCCACAGGAUGUCCCAGUUCCGCCAGCAGUCAGAGACUACAACAAACACAUGGGUGGGGUCGACUACUCAGAUGCUCUCAUUGGCUACUACAAUGUCCUGCACAAGACCAGCAGAUGGUACAGAACCCUGUUUUUCCACUUCAUAGACAUUGCAAUCACCAAUGCCUUUAUUCUACACAAGGAGAUUGCCUUGAGCAAAGGGGAAAAGCCAAAAACCCAGAAGGGCUUCCGGGAACGACUCUUGGUAGAGAUGUCAGAAGCUGGAUCCCCCUCCACUGCGAUCCCGCCUCCCUCAGCCCCCUACCUCCUGCGCGGCAUGCACCUGCCAGUGUAUAUCGGUGGCAAUGCCACCAGUGGCCGGAGGAGGUGCACUGUGUGCCAGCUGAAGACCCCCAUCGUGUGUGAGGCUUGCGACCGCCCAUUCUGCUUCGUCUCGGCCCGAAACUGCUACAACGAUUGGCAUAAGCAGAAAAUCCCCUGAA